AUGGCGCCUCUCGUUCCUUCACAGGCGGAGCUUGAUCGCCGGAGGCUCGUCGACAUCAAUCUGGAAACAGUCUCCAACAUCCCCUCCACAGACUUCCCAGGUCACUGGCCGGGUGAGUCGCAUGAGUGGAAUUUGGAGAAAUUUAGAAAUGAGUUCAAUGUUGAGUUCCAUAGAAAUGAAAGAUUCGAAUCUUCCUUCUCUCUCAUCGGUGUCGAUGCAUCGAUCGCAAAUGCCUUCCGCCGCAUCGUCAUGGCUGAAGUGCCCAGCGUAGCCAUCGAGUUCGUCUUCGUUCACAACAACACCUCCGUCAUUCAGGAUGAAGUGCUUGCACAGCGAUUGGGUCUGAUUCCACUGAAGGGUUCCGUGGAUGGUAUAAACUGGAUGCGCUGGUUCAAGAAGGCAACUGAGGAUGAACCCGAGGGUAGUGAUCCUUCCGAUUACAAUACCAUCGUCUUGCGACUGGAUAUCGAAUGUUCCGAGAACCCUAACGCCGACCCCUCGGAGAAUGACCCCCGAAAGCUAUACAAGAAUGCGCAUGUUUACGCCAGAGACAUUACCUUCCACCCUGUCGGACGCCAGGAGCAAUUCUUCACUGGCGAGGAUGCCAUCCAGCCGGUUAACCCAGACAUCCUGAUCGCUAAGCUUCGCCCGGGUCAGAAGAUCGACCUGGAAAUGCACUGUAUCAAGGGUAUCGGAGCCGACCAUGCUAAGUUCUCGCCUGUUGCCACCGCCUCAUACCGUUUGCUUCCCGACAUCCAGAUCUUGCGCCCCAUUCUUGGAGAAGACGCUAAGAAGUUCGCCAAGUGCUUCCCUAAGGGCGUGAUUGGUUUGGAGCCUGUUACCCGGGAAGAGGCCGCGAAGCAGGGUAGCGGAUACGAGGGCCACGAGGGCGAGACAAAAGCUGUUGUUCGCGAUGCCUUCAAGGAUACCGUUAGCAGGGAAUGUCUCAGGCAUGAGGAGUUCCAGGGCAAGGUGAAGCUCGGUCGCGUCCGCGACCAUUUCAUCUUCAACAUCGAGAGUACAGGCCAAUUCGAUAGCGAUGUCCUUUUCUUAGAAAGCGUGAAGGUCCUGAAGCUCAAAUGCGCCAGAUGGAAGCGGGGAUUGGCGGAUCUUAUGCGGUAA